AUGACAAACUCGAUAAAUAAAGUGGCUAUCAUUGGUGGAGGUGCUGGAGGACUUGUCACGUUGAACGAGUUUCUUCAUACGUCGAAGUCAGGUAGAUCCACAAUCACCAAAGACGAAGAGCACCAUGAGCUUCCGGACGAGCCUGCUUUCGAGGAGAUUGUGGUUUUCGAACAAAACGAUUCUAUUGGUGGAGUCUGGAACUACACCAAAAAGGCUGACGAGGGCUUCCCCACAGAUGUUGAGAACUACUAUUCUCCUCUAGGGAUUCGUCCACCAAGGGAUCCUCCAACCGAUCUGGAGAACACAGACAGCACAAAGCCGGUCGAAGUUGAAGCCAAGCAGACUCAUAGAUGGAAUACGAGUGGCGUGUAUGACGGGCUGUACACAAACGUUCCAAUCCCGGUCAUGAGGUUCUCCUCAGGUCCACCGGUGAAAAGUGGUGUCGAUUGCGAUUUCCAUCCGUUUGUGAUGCACCAUCAUGUGUUGGAUUAUCUCAAAGAUUUUGCCAGGAUCAACGAUCUAGAGAAGUACAUCAGAUUCAACUCGUCGAUCGAGCAGAUGUACAAGGAUGAGGCUUCUGGCAAGUGGGUUUUGACUGUCGUCAACACUGAGAACGGCGUGGAAAGAUGGUAUCGAGAGACAUUUGACGCGGUCGUCGUUGCUGUUGGGAAGUUCAAUAUUCCAUACUUCCCCAAGAUCCCCGGACUUCCCGAAUAUUCCAGUAGAAACGGCAAUGUCAGACAUGCAAAGAGCUACAGAAAUGCCAGAGACUAUAAGGAUAAGAAGGUGUUGAUUGUUGGAAGCAACGUGAGUGCCGUUGACAUGAUGCAAUACCUUGUGCCUGUGUGCAAGGAAAUACACGUGAGCAUGAACGUGUCAAGGAUUGAGGACUUCAACCUCGAGAAGAGUCCUGCCAAAAAUUGGAUAGAAGAAGUGCUCAAGAAUCCAGAAUUUGGCAUUAAGCUACACCCGAAAAUACACCACUUUUCCCAGACUUAUGUCAGGUUCCAUGACGGAAAACAAGAGCAUUUUGAUGAGGUGAUUCUGGCUACUGGAUACCACACCUACUAUCCGUUUUUGAAUGUGCCUCAGAACGAGGGAAAAGAAUACGCAAAGAUACUUCCAAGCUCCGAGAAGGACAGAGAAGGACAGCUGAACAUAGUGCGGAACCUAUACCUAUAUACUUUUGCAGUUGGUGAUCCUACAUUAUGCCAUAUAGGACUUCCAAUGACGCCCCUGUUUUUCCUACUCUCUGAAGUCAGUGCAAUAGCAAUAGCAGGUGUUUGGACCAACGCUAAGAAACUUCCUCCGCCUGAGAAGCAACGGGAAUGGAUCGAACACUACGAGGAACUGAAGAGGAAUGGUGCUUCUUUAUUGAUGCCGGACUUUGCUCUGAAUCUCUACAACGAAAUCCACAGCUAUAGUCCUAAAGAUAGGUACAACUUUUUUGAUACGAAUGGCAGUGUCGACAUAGCUGCCAUUAAAAAGGCCUCUAGAGAAUACUUCUACAAAGUUAUAUCUGGGAAACUCCAGCCAGUGUGA